GCCACGCCCCGAGCCCGAGGCCUUAAAGGCGCCGCGUGGGACGUCAUCUCCACGCGACCUCAUCUUUGUCAGUGCACAAAAUGGCGCCUUACAGCUUGCUGGUGACCCGACUGCAGAAAGCCCUGGGUGUGCGGCAGUACCAUGUGGCCUCAGUCCUGUGCCAACGGGCCAAGGUGGCCAUGAGUCACUUUGAACCCAAUGAGUACAUCCGCUAUGACCUGCUAGAGAAGAACAUUAACAUUGUUCGUCAACGAUUAAACCGGCCCCUGACCCUCUCAGAGAAGAUUGUUUAUGGACACUUGGAUGAUCCAGUCAACCAGGAGAUUGAGCGGGGCAAGACAUACCUGCGGCUAAGGCCUGACCGAGUGGCCAUGCAGGAUGCCACAGCCCAAAUGGCCAUGUUACAGUUCAUCAGCAGCGGGCUACCCAAGGUGGCUGUGCCAUCCACCAUCCACUGUGACCAUCUGAUCGAGGCCCAGGUUGGGGGUGAGAAAGAUCUGCGUCGGGCCAAGGACAUCAACCAGGAAGUGUAUAAUUUCCUGGCAUCUGCUGGAGCCAAGUAUGGCGUGGGCUUCUGGAGACCUGGAUCUGGAAUCAUUCACCAGAUCAUUUUGGAAAACUAUGCCUAUCCUGGCGUUCUUCUGAUUGGCACUGACUCCCACACACCCAAUGGUGGUGGCCUGGGAGGCAUCUGUAUAGGAGUCGGAGGUGCUGACGCAGUGGAUGUCAUGGCUGGGAUCCCCUGGGAGCUGAAGUGCCCCAAGGUGAUCGGUGUGAAACUAACAGGCUCCCUCUCUGGUUGGACCUCACCCAAAGAUGUGAUCCUGAAAGUGGCAGGUGUCCUCACAGUGAAAGGUGGCACAGGCGCCAUCGUGGAGUACCAUGGGCCUGGUCUGGACUCCAUCUCCUGCACCGGCAUGGCAACAAUCUGCAACAUGGGCGCAGAAAUUGGGGCCACAACAUCAGUGUUCCCAUACAACCACAGGAUGAAGAAAUACCUGAGCAAGACAGGCCGAGAAGACAUCGCCAACCUAGCGGAAGAAUUCAAGGAUCACUUGAUGCCCGAUCCUGGCUGCCAAUAUGACCAGCUGAUUGAAAUUAACCUCAGUGAGCUGAAGCCGCACAUCAAUGGGCCCUUCACCCCUGACUUGGCCCACCCUGUGGCAGAAGUGGGUGCUGUGGCAGAGAAGGAAGGCUGGCCUGUGGACAUCCGAGUGGGUCUGAUCGGCAGCUGCACCAAUUCGAGCUAUGAAGACAUGGGGCGGUCAGCAGCCGUGGCCAAGCAGGCGCUGGCCCACGGACUGAAGUGCAAGUCCCAGUUCACCAUCACACCAGGUUCUGAGCAGAUCCGUGCCACCAUUGAGCGCGAUGGUUACGCACAGAUCCUGAGGGACGUGGGUGGCAUCGUCCUGGCCAAUGCCUGUGGUCCUUGUAUUGGGCAGUGGGACAGAAAAGACAUCAAGAAAGGGGACAAGAACACAAUCGUCACCUCCUACAACAGGAACUUCACAGGUCGAAAUGAUGCGAACCCUGAGACCCAUGCCUUUGUUACAUCCCCAGAGAUUGUCACAGCCCUGGCCAUCGCAGGAACUCUUAAAUUCAACCCAGAAACCGAUUUCCUAACAGGGAAGGAUGGCAAGAAAUUCAAACUGGAGGCUCCAGAUGCAGAUGAGCUCCCCAAAUCGGGCUUCGACCCAGGGCAGGACACCUAUCAGCAGCCCCCCAAGGACAGCAGCGGGCAGCGGGUGGAUGUGAGUCCCACCAGCCAGCGCCUGCAGCUCUUGGAACCAUUUGACAAGUGGGAUGGCAAAGACCUGGAGGACCUGCAGAUUCUCAUCAAGGUCAAAGGAAAAUGUACCACUGACCACAUUUCUGCUGCUGGACCCUGGCUCAAGUUCCGUGGGCACCUAGACAACAUCUCCAAUAACCUGCUCAUCGGUGCCAUCAACAUUGAAAAUGGCAAGGCCAACUCUGUGCGCAAUGCUGUCACCCAGGAGUUUGGCCCUGUCCCUGACACUGCCCGCUACUACAAGAAACAUGGCAUCAGGUGGGUGGUGAUUGGAGAUGAAAACUAUGGUGAGGGCUCAAGCCGGGAACAUGCAGCCCUGGAGCCUCGCCACCUGGGGGGCCGGGCCAUCAUCACCAAGAGCUUCGCCAGGAUCCACGAAACCAACCUGAAGAAACAGGGCCUACUGCCCCUCACCUUCGCUGACCCUUCUGACUACAACAAGAUCCACCCUGUGGACAAGCUGACCAUUCAGGGCUUGAAGGACUUUGCUCCUGGCAAGCCCCUGACGUGCGUCAUCAAGCACCCCAACGGAACCCAGGAGACCAUCCUCCUGAAUCACACCUUCAACGAGACUCAGAUUGAGUGGUUCCGUGCAGGCAGCGCCCUCAACAGGAUGAAGGAGCUACAGCAGUGAGGGCGUCCAGGCCCAUGCUGCCCCACCCUGGACCCUGCUGGGUGCCACUCAACCAUCAGGAGCUGGGUCGAUUCCAUCCAGUGUGGCCUGCUGCAAGAUGUGACCAGACUUGCUUCCUGCUCCCAUCCUCAGCCCACUGACUGAUCCACUGCGGGGGGGCUUCCAAGAAUAAGUUUCCAGCCCCUGCUUCCCUUUUCAUUCAGCUCGUUCUCUGAGCAGUCCCAUGUAACUAUUUAUUUUUGAUGACAACACUCCCGUCUAAGGAAGUUUUUAUUCUGCCUGAUCAUUUCACUGGUGGCUGAAGGAUUUUAGAGAACCUUUUGUUCUUGCAAUAAUCCAAAUUCAUUAACUGUU